AUGUUCGAGGUCCCAGACUCGAAGCGGGUCCGGCGUGACGAGUUGUUUAAUGAUGUUGGUAAUGAUGGAGACGCACCCUCGGAUGCCGAGGUCAGUCUAGAUGAGGAUGCGGAAAAGGAGCUGCGUCGACGACUCAAUGCGCAGCUUUCCGGCCUGCUUGACUUUGACAUUACUGCGCCCACUGAGCCUGUAAAGGGGUCGUCAGGGCAAGUUAUUGGCGAAGCUGCUGCUGCCGAGGAUGGGGAAGAGGAGCCUGAUGAGCUCGCCUUUGAGUUUCGCCUUUUCCGCGACGAGGCACCUAGCCAUACCGUCGUCAUUCAGCAAAAUGAGGACAAGCCCGGCGCUCUCGGUGCCGGUGGGUUCGUCAUGCCAAGGCGGCCGGACGCGUAUUACAUCGCCGAGGCGCCCGACGCCGCGACGCUCGAGAAGCUCAGGUACUCUGCCGUCUCCUCGGACCAUCUCCUCGCCGACGCGGGGCGCAGACGUUGGGGCCUGGAGAGGCCGUGGCGGGUGUUGCGCAUCAGCGUCAGCGGCAAGCCGUUGACAGACGGAUCGUCGUCCGCCGUGACGGCUACAGCAGAUGAUGCAGACGCCAAAAAGAAGAGGCGGCCCGGCAAGAAGCGCAGAAUCGUCCUCCGGACGCGCGCCAAGGCAGAAAAGGAAAAGGCCGAGGCCGCGCGCAAGUUCCUCGAGAGCAAGGAGGAGCACCUCAAGGCCAAGAAGCAGCGCCUGAACCGGGAAAAGAAGCUCAAGCGCAGGGCCAAGGACAAGGAAAAGAAGGCAGCCGCUGGCGCAACCGGUGACAGCGGUUCAGUGGCCGGGCAAGGGGCUGAUGUGGAGAUGGCAGACGAUAUCAGCGAUGGCGGUUCGGCGGCGUGA